AUCUGAUAACCUGACGAACGAAACCAAGCCUCACGAUGCAUCAGAUUACAGUUUGAUGUGCCUACCGCAACUCGGCAAAGUGCUUCUCCGGUGAUGUCAAGCACCAGACAGGGCUCCUGAGCAUCUUUGCAAACCUGCUGCUUCUUUGCUUCGUGAUAUCCUGGCAUCAACAAAUUAACAAGCACUCCAGGAGCCUUGGCGCGCUACCCACCCGAUGCAGCAGUUUCUUGCACAAGCGAGCAGCAACAGCAGCGCUGCGUCACCGCCGGCGUCGCCCCAGCCGCGCCUCAGGCCGCAACCGAGGAGGGAACCGCAGCACAGGGAGAGGGAGGCGCCGGCAGCCAUGGCCGACGACCACCAAGAACUCGCCAGGGCAUUCUCAGGUACACAUUCUUCUGUUGUGUCCAUGCGUGCAAAUGCUGAUGCAAAUUAUCACGAAGGGAUGGGCGGUCUGGGCGUCGACGAGACGGUGCUGGUGUCGGCGCUGGGGCGGUGGCGGAGGCAGCCGGAGAAGAGGGGGCAGUUCCGCCGGAGCUUCCCGGGCUUCUUCUCCGCGAGCGCCUGCGUCGGCGCCGGGAUCGAGCUGUGCGAGGACGAGUACGUGCGCCACCUCAAGAUCGAGUUCUCCCGGUUCAAGAGCGCGAUGGUUCUGUGGGCGAUGCACCCGUGGGAGCGCGACGCGCGGUGGGCGCACCAUGUCCUGCACAAGGCGCACCCGCCGGCCAUCCUCGUGGAGGUGGCCUGCACGCGCUCCGCCGACGAGCUGCUCGGCGCCAGGCGCGCCUACCAGGCGCUCUACCACCGCUCGCUGGAGGAGGACGUCGCCUACCGCGCCAAGGAGGCCAACGCCAACCUGCUGGUGGGGCUGGUGAGCGCGUACCGAUACGAGGGCCCGCUCGUGAGCGAGGAACUGGCCAAGGAGGAGGCCAAGGCGCUGGGCGCCGCCGUCAAGUCGGCAUCCGCGUCGUCGGCGAAGCUGGUGCACAACGAGCAGGUGGUGCGGGUGCUCGCCACCAGGAGCAAGCCCCAGCUCAGGGCCACCUUCAGGCUCUACAAAGAGCUGCACGGCAAACCACUCGAAGAGGACUUCGCCGCCGAGCCGUGCCUUGAAGAGGUCGUCAAGUGCCUGGACUCGCCAGCCAAGUACUUCGCCGAGGUGAUCAACGGUGCGUUCAAGGACGGCGCGGACAAGCAGGCCAAGGCGGCGCUCACCCGCGCCGUGGUGUCCCGCUCCGACGCGGACAUGGAGGAGAUCAAGGACGCCUACGCGAAGCAGUACGGGGCCAAGCUCGCCGACGCGGCGGCCAAGAACACCCACGGCCACUACAAGGACGCGCUGCUCGCCAUGAUCGGCAAGUGAUCCAUCCAGAAUACCGAAGUUUUCAGCUCCGGUCUCGGUUCUGUUCCUGAUCGCGUGCUUGGUCCUACUUGGUUAUGA